GCAGCACAUAAUCGAGAAAGUUACGCAAAUAUACGAAAUCAAAGUUACACAUGAAUUCUGUGUUUGUGUAAAAUACAAAACGAGAUCUAAAUAAACUAAUUAAAUGUGUGUUUGGAAACACAUGCGCAAUAUAGCAACAAAACCAGUGCCAUGUUAAUAUUCAAAUGUAUUCUUCAGUUAAAUGGAUGAUCAUUUGAAUGCAAAACAGCAGUCGAAUAAUUUCAAAUUAACAAGUGAACGUUCUGGAGAAGCUACAACUGACCCCGGCUGCACUGAAAGUGAUGCGACACACCCAUUAUUGCGAUCUGAUAGGCAAGCCGUCGACGUCUUGCAAUGCUUAACUUGUAAAGAGAGGUUUUCUUCAACAUUAUUUAGUGAUAUUUGCGCACACUAUACAUUCAAAAGACAUAUAGAAAGUUUGGAGAAGUGCUUAUAUUGUAAGGGCAGCGUUCAUUAUUAUAUACAUCCUGCCAAGGUGAAACCUGAAAUCUUUCACUUUUGCUCGCCACGAAGAGUGCCUAAAAUUGAUUAACAGAGGAGCUUAUUUCUUAAAGAAUAUGACGAACAAACUGGCUGAUACUGACUUGGAUGAUAUUGGAUCUGAAGCAUCGGAUGCAUCUGAAUAUUCCGAUCAGGACAAUGAGGAUAGCCGUAGUGCUUACGAUCAUGAUGCUCCCACAGUACAAAGAGAAGGCGGUAGCAGCUCAGAUGCCUUACCAUUGCAGACACAAACAAAAACAGCAGCAGCAACUGGCUCUGGGGUGAACUAUGGCUUUGGUAAACGCUGGUCUAAAUCGGAGGAUAUAUUGCUCAAGUCGUUGGUGGAAAAACACGGUGAAAAAUGGGAUUUUAUUGGGCCACAUUUUAAAGAUCGUCUGGAGCAGCAAGUGCAGCAGCGUUGGGCGAAGGUCUUAAAUCCCGAGCUUAUCAAGGGACCCUGGACACGUGAUGAGGAUGAGAAAGUUAUAGAGCUGGUGCGUCGCUUUGGCCCCAAAAAAUGGACGCUCAUAGCGCGCUUUCUUAAUGGACGCAUAGGCAAACAAUGUCGCGAACGUUGGCACAACCAUCUCAAUCCGAACAUAAAAAAAACCGCCUGGACUGAGGAAGAGGAUAAAAUUAUAUACAAUGCACACAUGAAACUAGGCAAUCAGUGGGCCAAAAUAGCAAAGCUGCUGCCGGGACGCACGGAUAAUGCGAUCAAAAAUCAUUGGAACUCCACAAUGAGACGCAAAUACGAUGCCGAGCGCUCUUGCGGUGGAACAUCAACUGGUGGCGAUUUAAAGAGUUCACGCACUCAUCUUAUAUCGCUAAUUAAAGCCGGUGCCAGCAUGAACAAUAGUGGGCUACAGCCCAAGUGCAAACCAAUUACCAUAAAUGGCUCUAAUAAUUCCAAUCCAAAAGCACCUAGCAUCGAAUCAGUUGUGCAUCAGCUUGACUUGCAAGAGCUUGCAUGCGAUUCUUCUUCAAGAUCACAAGAUUCAUCAGUUGAUGUCAGUAGAGCUGUGCUUUCUAAUCUGCAGAGUAGUGUAUCCUCGCUAGCUUUACCUACAAUACAGUAUACACAAGAUAUGAAGCUCAGCAGGCCAACGCCGAAUAUACUUAAACGCGCCCGCAAACAAAUGCCAGAUACAACAUUGCAAUCGCUUGAUGCUGACAACAACGACCCAACUGUUGAUGUUAAGCCAAAAAUUCCAGAUUCACCAGUAAUAACACCCAUCAAAACGUUACCGUUUUCGCCCAGUCAAUUCUUAAAAUCACCCUGUCUAACGACAUUCGAGGAUAUGAAUCUGCGAGCCAGCACGCCAGUUCAAAAAGUAUACAAUCGCGUUGGCAUGGAAAUCAAAAAGGAGCUGGAGACCUCGUCAAUUGAAACGCCGCAUAAGAGCUUAAUUGGUCCACGCACGCCGACUCCAUUUAAAAAUGCGCUUGCUGCAUUUGGUAAAAAGCAUAAUGGUCGCGCUCUUAUACCGUCUAGCCCAUCCAGUCUGGCAGAGGAUCUUGCUGAGAUCUUGCAUGAGGAGAGGAUGUCAGAAUCUGAAGCGAACUACAGUCAAGGCGGCGGUGAUGAGAAUCUAGAACGUCGCAAUUUGUCCGAGCAUUCCAGCAGUCUCCGAUCACAGUCUCCGGCACCAAAGCGAGCACGGAAAUCGUUGCUGUCCGAUUGGCGCAACAACUUUGUGCCGUAUGGGAAGAAAGUUCAGCCGUUUGAGACAGAGACACCGAGCAAGUUUCUUACAUCGAGCCAAUCGAUUGCACCAUUCUCACCAAGUAAUUUCAUCAAGGACUCAUUGUGCAAUGACCAGGGUAUGCUCUUCGAUGAGGGCAAGAAAGAGAAUCGUCCAUAUUGUCAUAAAUUGCGCAAUCUGUCAAACGAUCGUCAAUUGCUCGAUCCGAAGUGGGCUAAAGUGGCUUGCGGCAAAACCAAAGAUCAACUUUUUAUGGAAGCACAGGCCUAUGCAUGCCUAGAGAAUUUCGCGUUGGCGCCACGUUCUUUGAAUUUCGAGAAGCAGAAGUAGAAUUUGUAAUUUCGUACCUUCAGUGCUCACAAAAAAAAAAAAACAAGUUACUUUUUCGAAUGAGUAGAGUUUUUACAUGUGUAUCAUAGUAUGUAUACGGAGUUGGAGACGUACAAAACAGAGAAAAAUUAUAUUUUAAUAUAAACGAUAAAAGCCUAAUAUUCUACAUUGUAUUGUACAUAUAUAAAUACAUUAUUUUUUUACAUCGAUUAUAUUCGUCAGCGACACACCAAGACAUAUUUAUUGUUUCUGAUCCAAUGCUAAACCAAAUUCGAUUCUAAAUGCGUUCUUCACAUAUCCCAUAUGUAUAUCCUUGUUGAAGCUCUCACCCCAGUUAAUAAAAUUUGAAUAAAAACACGAGUUAUUUUGUACAUACACAUAUCCAGCUUAUAUUUGCAUGACUUUGGUAAAUUUCAAGGGAU